AUGACUGAUGAGGGAAUGAAUCUUAAUGACCUAAAUAAUAACCUCAAUGCUAUCAAUGAUGAUGGAAUUCUUCAAUUGACUAAACAGGAUGUUCAACCUGAAAUUGAUUUUUGGGAUUCUACUGUUGUCUGCUAUGUCCUGAGAACCCAAUCCCUUUAUUCUGUGAUGAAUGGUUUUUUAAGAAGGGUUUGGGGAAAAUAUGGAAUUGAUAGAGUAUUUUCUUGUGAUAAUGGAGUUUUUUUGGUUCGGUUUCGAACUAGGGAUGCUAGAGAACGGGCGUCGGCUACUAGACGUAUUCUCUUUAACAGAAAACUGGUGAUUACCAAGAGAUGGCAACCUGAUUUGAAGAUUCGAGAGGAAAAAGUGUCUGUUGUUCAUGUUUGGGUCAAACUCCCAAAUCUAGAUUUGAAGUUUUGGGGAAGGGAGGCUCUAAUGAAGAUUGCAGGGUUGAUUGGAAAACCAAUUAAAACUGAUAAGAUCACUGCCUUAAAGAAAAGAAUUGCUUAUGCUCGUAUUAUGAUUGAAGUGGCUGUCAAUGGGGAAUUUCCUGAGUUCAUUGAGUUCUUUGAUGAGAAUGGUAACAGGAUUAAGCAAGCUGUUCAGUUUGAAUGGAAACCAGUGGAAUGCCAUAUGUGUAAGGGUAUGGGACAUGUGGAGCAAGAUUUUCCUAAUCAGUUUGUUAAAGUCAGGAAAAAUCAACCAAGACAGCAGAAGUCUGUUAUGAAUCAAAAGAGGUGGAGACCUAUGCAGAAACCUGUGCAGGGAAAGGCUCAUGAACAUGUUGUGAAGCCUGUGCAUGAAACUAAAUAG